AAGACUUAUCUCCUCUUCCUACUCAGUCUUUGGGUGUGAUAUUUGACUGGUGUGGUAGCUGUGUACAUCAUUUUUAAAACUUCUGUAUGUGUACUAGAGCUUUUGUCCUGGUAAUUUAAAGAUGUCAGGAAUCUUGGACACGACAGCCAGAUGUAAAAAUUAUGCUGCAUUUGGCUAUGUGGAGUGUGGUUCUUGCACUGGAAAGAAACAAAAAGCCAUCAAGUCUUGUCUGGUGUGCUUGGACUCCUACUGUCCAGCUCACUUUGAACUCCAUGAGGAACUGCACUCAGGACAGCACCACAAAAUAAUGAACGCCACAGGGUUUCUUCAGGACAAGAUCUGCUCUAGGCAUGACAAGCUGCUAGAGGUUUUCUGCUGCUUGGAUCAGCAGUGUAUCUGUCUCAUGUGUACGAUGGAUGAUCACAAAGGACAUAGAAUUGUGUCUGCUUCAGCAGAGAGAACAGAGAAACAGAGCCAGAUAGGUGAUCCAAAGAUGAAAUCACAGCAGAGGAUCCUGGACAGGAAAAGGGAGCUUGGGGAACUGCAGAAAGCUGUGGAGUCUCACAAGCAAUCUGCACAGGCAGCACUGGAAGAGAGUGAGAAGACCUUCACUGAGAUUAUUUGCUUCAUUGAGAAAAAACGCUCUGAGGUUCAGGACCUAAUUCGAGCUCAGGAGAAGAUUGCUGUAAGCCAAGCUGAAGGCCUCCUGAAGCAGCUAGAAGAGGAAAUUGCUGAGCUUCAGAGGCAAGAGGAAGAGCUGCAGCAGCUCUCUCUAACAGAGGAUCACAUUCACUUUCUGCAGCGUUAUGUGUUUCUCACUGCCACUCUUGGAUCUUCACAUUUACCCACCAUCACUGUUAGCUCUGUUCUCUCCUUUGUGGAAGUAGCAAAGUCUGUAAGUGAACUGAAAAAGCAUUUGGAAGAUUUUUGUAAAGUAGACAUGGAGAAGAUUGAAAACAGAGUGAAGCAAAUUCAAAUUCUUACACCCAUGACCAGAGAAGAGGUCCUGCAAUAUUACUGCGAGUUAACCAUGGAUCCCAACACAGCGUACAGACGCCUCAGCCUGUCCGAAAGCAACCGAGCAGUGUUCAACUAUGACCGGGACCUGCCUUACCCAGAUCAUCCGGAGAGGUUUGACUGGCCCCAAGUGUUGUGUGAGCAGCCGGUGUGUGGACGCUUUUACUGGGAGGUGGAAUGGAGUGGCAGAAAUGGUGUUAACAUUGCCGUCUCAUAUAAAAGCAUCCGCCGUAAGGGUGGCCACAAUGAAUGCUGGUUUGGCUGCAGUGAUCAGUCAUGGAGGCUGUACUGCUCACCGACUAGAUAUGCCUUUAGGCACCAUGGCAUGGAGACAUACAUCCCCAAAAUGAACAACUCCACCAGGAUUGGCGUGUACGUUGAUUACAAUGCUGGGACACUGUCCUUCUACAGCAUAGCUGGAAAAAUGAUUCUGCUCUACAAAGUUAAGUGUGAGUUCACAGAGCCUCUGUAUCCAGGCUUUACUGUGUGGCCAGGCUCCAAACUGACACUAUGUUGUCCUACAAAGGUCAAAUAGAUAUAGAUGAGAUUUUUGAGUUUUCUUAGUCCAGUUCAUGUUUCUGUUUUUUCUCAGGGUAAAAUGGGUCAUCCAGUUCUUCAGUAGCUUACAGCACUAAAUAAGCUGGACCUUGUAAGCUGACAUCGAUUGUAAAGUAAAAAUGUGGAGGUAUAUAGAAUGUGCUUACAAAGAUAUUCAACAAAAAUUGUAGAGAAGUUGGAGCAAAAGUACAUUAUUUUAUGAUAGCUGAGUGCUUUAUUGGCCAUUAUUGGCUUGAUAGUUACAAUUCUAGAAAAGUAUCAGUGCUGUUAUAUCUGUGACUGUGUCUGGAAGACUAUUUGUCCAGCGGACAAUCAGCAGCUGAACCACAGACAUCGAAGAGGAGACGAAUAUUCUGGCAUCAGAAGUGGAGCUGCUAAAAUAAAUGUAAUUAGAGUGGAAACCACAUACAAUGAGAGCUUGUGCCUGCCAGUGCUCAGCAAAGGAGGAGACGGUUUUCCCUCCUUCUCCUCAUCUUUUUUUUUUCUCCUCAUCUGGUGUCACCUAGCAGAUGAGUUCCCUUUUUCUGGGUGCUCUCAAGGUUUCUUCCUUAUGUCAUCUCAGGGAAUUUUUCCUUGCCUCUGUCACCUCUGGCUAAUUAGGGCUCUAAAUCUGCGUUCAGAUUCUGUAAAGCCACUUUGUGAUAAUGUCUAUUGUUAAAAGCACUAUAUAAAUAAAAUUUGCAGGAAUCAUA